AGUUCGUCAUUCUCCCUCUCUUGGGCACAGGUUACAGCAAGAGAUAGUUCAUAUUCUCUCCCACAUCGCGGCUUUUACCGAAAUGGAUUCACACCGUUGCCUCGUUGAAAUCUUCUGCUCGCACUCUACUUGAAGCUCACAGCUGAGGCCAUCACGAACGAACAACGCACUUAAGUCACAUUUCAAUCAGCUCUCCGUGCUCAGUUUAACGCAAACCGUUGCCCGCAGAGAUAGUGUAAAAUUAAAGGCCGUUCCUGUGUCUUCGUAACGCAUUCCUGCUAGUGCCACACGUUGUCUACUGGAAUAGGAUUGUCCGUAGCAAACGGAGCUAAAAUUAAAACAAUAAAUUACAAACGCAACCGAAUUUUGUAUCAGCCAGUGCAUCAGUUUCCGAAAGUGUCUCACUCUGGUAGAUAAUAAAAAGUUCAUUAAAUUGCGCACCACCAGCCGUUAACAACAGUAAAAAGUGGCACAGCACAACGAUAAGCACAAGUAAGGCAAAGUGCAAACAACCGUACAGUAACUGUGCCGUAGUGUUUUCUCUCAACAUCGCCAAAAAGUCCACAAUGGCCCCACCGAAUGUUUGUGGUGAACUAGAUGGUCUGUUGCAGCAAUUCGAUGGAAAUCAACCACUGGUUUUCUUCGUCAAUGGAAAAAAGGUUACCGAUGCAGUACCUGAUCCCGAGUGUACUCUGCUGGUGUAUUUGCGUGACAAAUUGCGUCUCUGUGGCACGAAGCUCGGAUGCGCAGAGGGAGGAUGCGGCGCGUGCACGGUGAUGGUGUCCAAGGUUGAUCGCAACACGGGCUUACUUCAGCAUCUCGCGAUCAACGCAUGCCUUACACCUGUGUGCGCCGUUCACGGAAUGGCCGUGACCACGGUCGAGGGCAUCGGAAGUACUCGCACGCGCCUCCAUCCGGUUCAGGAGCGCAUUGCCAAGGCACACGGUUCGCAGUGCGGUUUCUGCACUCCUGGAAUCGUUAUGUCGAUGUACUCGUUGCUGCGCAGCUCUCCUGUUCCUUCAAUGAAAGAGCUGGAGGUGGCCUUCCAAGGCAAUUUGUGUCGCUGUACAGGCUAUCGACCGAUCCUGGAAGGAUACAAAACGUUCACCAAGGAAUUCGGCACCAACUGCGCCAUGGGAGAGAAAUGCUGUCGAAAUGGAGGAAAUGGUAGUGGAUGUGGACAGAAUGGCAACGGAGAGAUAGACACCGAGCUGUUUCAACCGAAUGAAUUCAUUCCCUACGAUCCCUCUCAAGAGCCUAUUUUCCCUCCGGAAUUGAAGCUCUCCAACAAAUUCGACUCUGAAUCGCUGGUUUUCCGUAACUCCCGAACUGCAUGGUAUCGGCCAACGAAACUCGACGAUUUGUUGGCUUUGAAAAAGGCCCAUCCGGAGACGAAGAUCGUUGUCGGUAACACGGAAGUAGGGGUGGAAGUGAAGUUCAAACACUUUGAGUAUCCGGUCAUUGCGAAUCCCACCCAAAUAAAGGAAUUGACGGAGAUCGAGCGCCACGAGCAUGGCAUCAAAGUUGGGUCCGCCGUCACGCUGAUGGAAAUGGAAAAUGUGCUCCGGCAGGAAAUUGAAACCGGUCCUGAGACUGAGACGCGCUUGUUUCAAGCUAUCGUCGACAUGCUGCACUGGUUUGCAGGCAAGCAAAUCCGCAAUGUUGCCUCGGUGGGAGGAAACAUAAUGACGGGAAGUCCUAUUUCGGAUUUGAAUCCCAUCUUUACUGCUGCUGCAAUCGAGCUGGAAGUCGCGAGUCUUGACGGUGGGUUCCGUAAAGUGCGAAUGGGCGAUGGAUUCUUCACUGGCUAUCGAAAGAAUGUGAUUCAACCACAGGAAGUACUCGUGUCUCUGUUUAUCCCCCGUACUACCAAAGAUCAAUUCUUCAUUGCGCAUAAACAGGCCAAACGACGGGAUGACGAUAUUGCCAUCGUGAAUGGCGCGUUCAAUGUUCGUUUCGAACCGGGCACAGAUAUCCUGCAAGAGAUCCAUCUGGCAUUCGGUGGAAUGGCGCCCACGACAGUUCUUGCCAAGAAGACGGCCAACGCUCUCGUUGGAGCUCGAUGGGAUGCACAACUUGUGGAACGUUGCAAUGAUUUGCUUGUGGAAGAGCUUCCACUCAGUCCAUCGGCUCCGGGUGGUAUGAUCGUUUAUCGUCGAUCUCUAACAUUGAGCCUCUUUUUCAAGGCAUACCUAGCGAUCGCCCAGUCUCUCGAUAAGCAAGACAUCCCGCAUAGGACACCUGUUGGUGAUCGCGAGAAGAGUGGCGCUAACACGUUCCAUACACUAGUGCCAAAAAGUAGUCAACUGUUUGAGAAGGUUUCAGGCGAUCAACCAAUUACCGAUCCAAUCCGUCGGCCACAGGUGCAUGCUUCGGCUUACAAGCAGGUCACAGGAGAAGCAGUCUAUUGUGACGACAUUCCCAAGUUUGAAAAUGAGUUAUAUCUGGCCUUCGUAUACAGCACGAAAGCGCACGCCAAAAUUGUAUCGAUCGAUCCAUCGGAAGCACUCAACCUGGAAGGUGUUCAUCGAUUCUUCAGUGCGGAAGAUUUAACCGACGAACAGAACAAAGCUGGCCCUGUGUUUCAUGAUGAAUUUGUGUUUGUCAAAGAUAUUGUUACUACUCAGGGUCAAAUAAUAGGCGCUAUCGUGGCUGAUAAUCAAACAAUUGCUCAACGUGCCGCCCGUAAAGUGAAAGUGGCGUAUGAAGAAUUGAAACCGAUAAUCGUUACGCUGGAGGAUGCAAUCAAACAAGAGUCAUUCUAUCCCGGAUUCCCAAGAAUCAUUAUAAAGGGAGAUGUAGAGGAAGCGAUGUCCAAAGCUGAUGUGAUUGUCGAAGGUGAUUGUCGUAUGGGUGGACAGGAACACUUCUACCUAGAAACGCAAGCAUGUCUCGCUGUUCCAAAAGAUUCAGAUGAAAUCGAAGUCAUCAGCAGUACCCAGCAUCCUACCGAGAUUCAACAUCACGUGGCACAAGCACUAGGAAUACCCGCUGCUAAGGUAGUUUCACGCGUUAAACGUUUAGGUGGUGGCUUUGGUGGGAAAGAAUCGCGUGCCGCCAUGGUAGCCAUACCAGUUGCGCUGGCCGCACAUCGCAUGGGACGACCAGUGCGUUGCAUGCUGGACAGAGAUGAAGAUAUGGCAGUGUCCGGCACGCGACAUCCUUUCUAUUUCCGCUACAAAGUUGGAGUCAGUAAAGAAGGAAAGCUAGUGGCCGGAGAUUUCUGUUCGUAUAACAACGGUGGACACUCGAUGGAUCUUUCGUUUGCUGUACUCGAGCGUUCAAUGUUUCAUAUCCAGAAUGCAUAUCGUAUCCCUGAUCUACGCGUGCGUGGAUGGGUUUGUCGCACAAAUCUUCCAUCAAACACUGCAUUCCGUGGAUUUGGAGGUCCGCAAGGUAUGAUGGCGGCCGAAACAAUGAUGCGUCACGUUGCACGCACACUUAAGCGGGACUACAUUGAGUUAGUGGAAAUGAACAUGUACCGAGAGGGAGACACAACGCAUUACAACCAGCAAAUCGAAGGAUGUAACGUUGGUAAAUGCUGGAGUGAGGUUCUACAAUCUUCCGACUUUGCGAACCGUCGACUGGCUGUUGAAGCAUUCAAUGAAGAGCACCGUUGGCGCAAGCGCGGCAUACACGUUGUGCCUACAAUGUUUGGCAUCGCGUUCACCGUACUGCAUCUCAAUCAAAGCGGUGCAUUAAUUCACGUCUAUCAGGACGGUACGGUGCUGCUCACACACGGAGGCACUGAAAUGGGUCAAGGAUUGCACACGAAAAUGAUUCAAGUCGCUGCAACGGCUCUGGAAAUUCCAUUCGAUCGUAUCCACAUUUCCGAAACGUCUACUGAUAAAGUUCCCAAUACUUCGGCCACCGCCGCCAGCGCUGGUUCGGAUCUAAAUGGUACGGCGGUACUGAACGCGUGCCUAACCAUUCGCGAACGGUUGGAACCGUUCCGCAAAGAAUUCCCCGAUAAGGAUUGGAAUUUCUGGGUCAGUAAAGCGUAUUUCAGUCGAGUAUCACUGUCGGCAACUGGGUUCUAUGCUACGCCUGAUCUAGGAUACGAUUUCGGCACUAACUCGGGCAAAGCAUUCAACUAUUACACGUAUGGUGCGGCUUGUUCCGAGGUGGAGAUCGAUUGCUUAACUGGUGAUCACCAAGUCAUACGGAGCGAUAUUGUGAUGGAUUUGGGAUCCAGCAUUAAUCCUGCAAUUGAUAUCGGGCAAAUCGAAGGAGGAUUUAUGCAGGGUUACGGUUUGUUCACACUCGAGGAAAUGAUCUAUUCGCCCCAAGGACAGGUUUAUUCACGCGGACCCGGAAUGUACAAAUUGCCCGGUUUUGCCGAUAUUCCUGGGGAGUUCAAUGUUUCACUCUUAACUGGUGCUCCUAAUCCACGCGCGGUGUACUCAUCGAAAGCGGUUGGUGAACCGCCACUUUUCUUAGCCUCAUCGGUUUUCUUCGCCAUUCGUGAUGCUGUAGCUGCUGCUCGGCAAGAGGAACAUCUUGGUGAAGAUUUUACUUUGGUUUCACCGGCAACAUCAGCUCGAAUUCGAACAGCUUGUCAGGAUAAGUUUGUUGAACGUUUUACUAAGCAACUGAGCAUUAGUCACGAAACUUCUCACAACGUUCCCUGGAAUGUUAUGCCUUAAUCGAUACGAAAAUCUAAUCUACUUCAACCUCAAUACUCACACCGGUGCUACACAAUUUUGGGAUUCUCUCUGCUGUAUGUCAAAUAUAUUGUUUGGCAGAUAUCUAAUUUGGAAGUUUACAGAGGCUACUCAACAGGGACUUCAUCUUCUAGCGUUUGCCCGGUUUAAACCAGGAACCGAUUUUGGACAUUUUUGUCUUCUUCGUUGUAAUCAAUUCUUGUUCGGAGCUUUUAAGUGAUGGGUUUUCUUAGAAACAAAAUGGUUAAAUAAAAAAGCCCAUAACCAAAUCAAUUGUUAGUUUUAAAAUAUGGGUUUAAAUAAAAAAAAAAGUUUAAAGACUUUCA